UCGGGUUCGCGAUCACACGCGCUCGAAUUCAAGAGAGGAAAGUUGCGUUGCUAAACGACUGACGCGGCGUUAACUCGUUUAAUUAAAACGUUUCAGAUAUCGCGAUUGUUAGUUUCGAGUGCGUGAUAGUGCCGAUCGAUCCGCUGAUUCGAGUCGGAGAAUCCUUGACUUUAAUUUUCCCUUCUAUUUUAUACAAUUCGCGGGAACUUUUACUUGUACUGAUCCUCCUCCGUGUUUACUGUUAUCGCUCGAUCGAGCAUACACCAUCCUUUAUAAUAGUGAACGCGUAAACUAGUUAAAGAAGACAACGUUCCUAUUAAUAUACUAAUGUUGAGAUACGAACUUUAUUGGUUUCUUUCUGAAGAUGGGGAUUACAUAUGGAUCGAACCGAUAUCAGGGAAAGAAUUUGACGUCGCAAUCGGAGCACGAGUGAUAUCCGCGGAAGGCAGACGCAUUCAAGUGAAAGACGACGAUAACAAGGAACAAUGGCUGACUCCGGAGAGGCGAAUAAAGGCGAUGCAUGCCACUUCUGUGCAAGGUGUAGAAGAUAUGAUCAGCUUAGGAGACCUCCAUGAAGCGGGCAUCCUGAGGAAUUUGUUGAUCCGCUACAACGAGAAUCUCAUAUACACCUACACGGGUUCGAUUCUAGUCGCCGUGAAUCCGUACCAGAUAUUGCCUAUUUAUACCGCCGAGCAAAUCAAACUUUAUAAGGAUCGUAAAAUAGGAGAACUACCGCCGCACAUAUUUGCCAUUGGAGACAACAGUUACGCACAUAUGAAUAGAUAUGGCCAGGAUCAAUGUAUAGUAAUCAGCGGUGAAAGCGGAGCCGGCAAAACGGAAAGUACGAAAUUAAUUUUGCAAUAUUUGGCAGCGAUCAGCGGCAAACAUUCUUGGAUCGAACAGCAAAUUUUGGAAGCGAAUCCUAUCCUCGAAGCAUUCGGUAAUGCGAAGACAGUGCGAAACGAUAAUUCGUCUCGCUUCGGGAAGUACAUUGACAUUCACUUCAACGAGCAAGGGGUGAUCGAAGGGGCGAAGAUCGAGCAGUACCUGUUGGAAAAAUCGCGAAUAGUCUCGCAGAGUAUGGACGAGAGGAAUUAUCAUGUAUUUUAUUGCAUGUUGGCUGGUCUGUCGAGGGAAGAGAAGCAGAAGUUGGAACUGGACGAUGCGUCCUCCUAUAAAUAUUUAACUGGGGGUGACAGCAUCACCUGCGAGGGUCGAGACGAUGCUGCGGAAUUCGCUGAUAUUAGAUCGGCGAUGAAAGUUUUGUUGUUUUCCGAUUCGGAGAUAUGGGAGAUCCUCAAGUUACUCGCUGCUCUGCUGCACAUGGGCAACGUCAAGUACAGGGCCAUUGUCGUAGAUAAUUUGGACGCUACCGAAAUACCGGAGCAGACGAACGUCCAGAGGGUCGCGCAUUUAUUAGGCGUGCCUGUUCAGAAUCUGAUAGACGCGCUCACUCGCAAGACAAUAUUCGCUCACGGUGAGACAGUCGUUUCCACGUUGUCUAGGGAACAGUCGGUGGACAUUAGGGAUGCGUUCGUCAAAGGAAUAUACGGACGGCUGUUUGUGCACAUCGUUAAGAAGAUCAACGAGGCGAUUUACAGACCUAAAAACACGUCCAGAAGUGCGAUAGGUGUUUUGGACAUAUUCGGUUUCGAGAAUUUCAACCACAAUAGCUUCGAACAGUUCUGCAUCAAUUAUGCAAACGAGAACCUGCAACAAUUUUUUGUGCAGCACAUAUUUAAACUGGAACAAGAGGAGUACAAUCACGAAGGUAUCAAUUGGCAGCACAUAGAGUUUGUCGACAAUCAAGAUGCGCUAGAUCUGAUAGCUAUUAAGCAAUUAAAUAUCAUGGCUCUGAUCGACGAGGAAUCGAAGUUUCCAAAGGGCACGGAUCAAACCAUGUUAGCUAAAAUACACAAGACUCACGGAAGCCAUCGGAAUUAUUUGAAACCGAAGUCGGACAUAAACACCUCCUUCGGAUUGAACCACUUUGCCGGCGUUGUAUUCUACGACACCCGAAGUUUCCUCGAGAAGAAUAGGGACACGUUCAGUGCCGACCUGUUGCACCUGAUCCACGUGUCGUCGAACAAAUUUCUGCAAACCUGUUUCGCUGAGGAUAUAGGUAUGGGAUCAGAAACGAGAAAGAGAGCGCCCACUUUGUCCACGCAGUUCAAGAAGUCUUUGGACUCGUUGAUGAAAACGCUGUGCAGUUGCCAACCGUUCUUCAUCAGGUGUAUCAAACCGAACGAGUACAAGAAGCCGAUGAUGUUCGACAGGGGACUGUGUUGCAGACAGUUGAGAUACUCUGGCAUGAUGGAGACGAUACGAAUCCGCAGAGCCGGUUAUCCAAUCAGACACUCGUUCCCGGAGUUCGUCGAGAGAUAUCGUUUCUUAAUUCCUGGCGUGCCUCCGGCGCACAAGGUCGACUGUCAAGCCGUCACUGCUAAGAUUUGUCACGUGGUAUUGGGAAGAUCUGACUACCAACUCGGGCAUACGAAAGUGUUUCUGAAAGAUGCUCACGACUUGUUUUUGGAGCAGGAACGUGAUCGCGUCUUGACGAGGAAGAUUCUGAUAUUGCAACGGAAUAUUCGUGGCUGGGUGUACAGAAGGAGGUUCCUUCGCAUGAGGGCAGCCGCGACGGUGAUUCAAAAAUACUGGAGGGGCUACGCGCAACGGCAGAGGUACAGGCGCAUGCGAAUCGGUUACAUGCGAUUGCAGGCGCUGAUCAGGUCGCGAGUACUGUCGCACAGAUUCAGACACCUCAGGGGACAUAUAGUCGCUCUUCAGGCGAGAUCAAGAGGGUACCUGGUCCGCAAGAUGUAUCAGAAAAAAUUAUGGGCGAUCGUGAAGAUACAGGCUCAUGUUCGGAGGUUGAUAGCACAGAGGCGGUACAAGAAAGUCAAGUACGAAUAUCGGUUGCACGUGGAAGCGCUGAGGUUGAGAAAGAAAGAAGAGCGAGAAUUGAAGGACCAGGGGAACAAGCGGGCGAAAGAGAUCGCUGAACAGAAUUACAGAGAACGAAUGCAGGAACUGGAGAGGAAGGAGAUCGAGAUGGAAUUAGAAGACAGACGUAGAAUGGAGAUUAAGAAGAACUUGAUAAACGACGCUGCGAAGAAACAGGAUGAACCGGUCGAUGACAGUAAACUGGUCGAGGCGAUGUUCGAUUUCUUACCCGAUUCGAGCAGCGAGGCACCCACGCCUGCUAGGGAAACUUCCGUGUUCAACGAUCUGCCCGCUCCGAAAGCAGAUCAGCAGGAGAUCAUCAGUCCCAUGCAAACGGCCUCGGAAGACGAGGAGGAUUUGUCAGAGUUUAAGUUCCAAAAGUUCGCAGCCACUUAUUUCCAAGGAAAUAUCACUCAUCAGUAUUCGAGGAAGCCAUUGAAGCAUCCCUUGUUACCGCUACACACGCAGGGCGAUCAGCUGGCGGCGCAAGCGUUAUGGAUCACUAUAUUACGUUUCACCGGGGAUCUGCCUGAGCCUAGAUUCCACACGAUGGACAGGGAUACGACCUCGGUCAUGUCGAAGGUCACUGCGACUCUCGGUCGCAAUUUUAUAAGAAGCAAGGAGUUUCAAGAGGCGCAGAUGAUGGGCAUGGAUCCGGAAGCGUUCCUCCGGCAGAAACCGCGCUCAAUCAGGCACAAGUUGGUCUCGUUGACGUUAAAGCGAAAGAACAAAUUAGGCGAGGACGUGAGACGAAAGUUGCAGGAGGACGAAUACACAGCGGACAGUUAUCAAUCCUGGUUGGAAGCGAGACCGACUUCGAACCUUGAGAAACUUCACUUUAUCAUCGGUCACGGAAUAUUGCGAGCCGAAUUAAGGGACGAGAUCUACUGCCAAAUAUGCAAACAGCUGACGAACAAUCCUUCCAAGUCGUCGCACGCGCGUGGCUGGAUCUUGCUCUCACUUUGCGUCGGCUGCUUCGCACCGUCCGAGAAGUUUGUUAAUUAUCUAAGAGCGUUUAUCAGAGAGGGACCACCGGGAUACGCGCCCUACUGUGAGGACCGGUUGAAGAGAACGUUCAACAAUGGCACGCGGAAUCAACCUCCGAGCUGGCUGGAACUUCAAGCGACCAAAUCGAAGAAGCCGAUCAUGUUACCCAUCACGUUUAUGGACGGUAACACGAAGACGCUGCUCGCUGAUUCUGCUACCACCGCGCGGGAGCUGUGCAAUCAAUUGUCAGACAAGAUAUCGUUGCGAGAUCAAUUCGGCUUCUCGCUUUAUAUCGCGUUGUUCGACAAGGUGUCGUCGCUCGGCAGCGGCGGAGACCAUGUGAUGGAUGCUAUUUCGCAGUGCGAGCAGUACGCUAAGGAACAAGGUGCUCAGGAGAGAAAUGCGCCGUGGAGGCUGUUCUUUAGGAAGGAAAUAUUCGCACCUUGGCACGAGCCGACGGAGGACCAGGUCGCUACUAAUUUGAUUUAUCAGCAGGUCGUCAGGGGGGUGAAAUUCGGCGAGUAUCGCUGCGACAAGGAAGAGGACCUAGCGAUGAUCGCUGCUCAACAAUAUUACAUAGAAUAUCACAUCGACAUGAACGUCGAGAGGUUGUACACGCUCCUGCCGAAUUAUAUCCCGGAUUAUUGUUUGACGGGAAUCGAUAAGGCGAUCGACAGAUGGGGACAUCUCGUUCUUCAAGCGUACAAAAAGAGCUACUAUUUAAAAGAAAAGGUACCUGCUUUACGCGUUAAGGAAGAUAUCGUCGGUUACGCCAAGUUCAAGUGGCCGCUGCUCUUCUCCCGGUUUUACGAGGCGUAUAGAAAUUCCGGGCCGAACCUGCCGAAGAACGACGUGAUCAUCGCCGUAAAUUGGACCGGAGUAUACGUCGUCGACGAUCAGGAGCAAGUGCUUCUUGAAUUGUCGUUUCCCGAAAUCACCACUGUGUCUAGUCAAAAAACGAACAAAAUGUUUACGCAAACGUUCAAUCUGUCGACGGUGCGAGGAGAGGAAUUCACUUUCCAAAGUCCGAACGCCGAAGACAUCCGUGAUUUAGUGGUGUACUUCUUGGAGGGGCUGAAGAAGCGUAGUAAAUACGUGAUCGCGUUGCAAGAUUACAAAGCCCCCGGUGAAAGUUCGUCAUUCUUGAGCUUUCAGAAGGGCGAUCUCAUCAUUCUGGAGGACGAGAGUACUGGCGAGAUUGUUCUCAACUCGGGCUGGUGUGUCGGCACGUGCGAGAGAACCGGCGUCAAGGGUGAUUUCCCAGCCGAGACGGUUUACGUGUUACCUUCGUUGACAAAACCACCGAACGACAUACUGUCCUUGUUCAGUAUCGAAGGUACGGAGAACGGGCGGAAACUGUAUCCCCAGCAGGUGAACGGAAUAGAGCCUCGCGACAAGCCACACACUCUCAUGGAAUAUGCCAUCGAUCAUUUCCGAACACCGCCAAAGAGGACUAUGUCGAAGGCGUUGACGUUGACCACUGCUCGUCGCGGCCACACUGACGAGUUGUGGCAUCAUUCCAGAGAUCCUAUUAAGCAGCCCUUGUUAAAAAAAUUGGUGUCCAAAGAGGAAUUGGCCGAGGAAGCGUGUUUCGCUUUUAAUGCGAUCUUGAAAUACAUGGGUGAUUUGCCAACGAAACGACCACGCAUAGGCAACGAGUACACCGAUCUCAUCUUCGACGGCCCUUUGAAGAACGAGAUCCUUAGAGAUGAAAUCUAUUGUCAGAUCAUGAAACAAUUGACGGACAAUCGGAACAGAUUGAGCGAGGAACGUGGCUGGGAGUUGAUGUGGCUUGCCACUGGUCUGUUUGCUUGCAGCCAAAGUUUGUUGAAGGAAUUGACUCUCUUCUUACGUACAAGACGGCAUCCCAUAUCUCAAGAUUCGUUGCAAAGACUGCAAAAGACUCUACGUAACGGUCAGCGAAAAUAUCCUCCGCAUCAAGUGGAAGUGGAGGCUAUACAGCACAAAACUACCCAGAUAUUUCACAAAGUCUAUUUCCCGGACGAUACGGACGAAGCGUUCGAGGUGGACUCGUCGACGAGAGCGAAAGACUUUUGUCAAAACAUAGCGCAGAGAUUGAAUUUAAGAUCGGCGGAGGGAUUCAGUUUAUUCGUGAAAAUUGCUGACAAGGUGAUUUCGGUCCCGGAAGGCGAUUUCUUCUUCGAUUUCGUGCGCCAUUUGACCGACUGGAUAAGGAAAGCUCGACCUUCCCGCGAUGGUGUAGCGCCGCAGUUUACGUACCAAGUGUUUUUCAUGAAGAAAUUAUGGACCAACACUGUUCCCGGUAAAGACAGAAAUGCGGACCUCAUUUUCCAUUUUCAUCAAGAGCUACCUAAAUUGUUAAGAGGCUACCAUAAAUGUACCAAGGAAGAAGCGUCGAGACUGGCAGCGCUAGUCUAUAGGGUUCGCUUCGGCGAGAGCAAACAAGAACUUCAAGCGAUUCCACAAAUGUUACGAGAACUUAUUCCCGGUGACUUGGUGAAGGUACAAAGUGCCAACGAUUGGAAGAGGUCGAUAAUAGCUGCGUACAAUCAGGACGCUGGCAUGAGUCCGGAAGACGCGAAGAUAACAUUUUUGAAGAUAGUCUACCGAUGGCCAACUUUCGGUUCAGCAUUCUUCGAGGUGAAACAAAGUACAGAACCGAACUAUCCAGAAUUGCUGUUGAUCGCUAUAAAUAAGCACGGCGUGAGCCUUAUACACCCACAGACAAAAGAUAUAUUAGUAACGCAUCCGUUUACUAGAAUCUCGAAUUGGUCGUCUGGUAACACGUACUUUCACAUGACUAUCGGUAAUUUGGUGCGCGGUUCGAAACUGUUGUGCGAGACCUCGCUCGGCUACAAGAUGGACGAUCUUUUGACUUCGUACAUAUCGUUAAUGCUCACGAACAUGAACAAACAGCGAACGAUACGGAUAAAAUAAACGCAAAGGAACAAGGCACGCGCAAAAAUAACUUUUUAACACAAACCGCAUUUGACAAGCGCAAUGGUAAUGUUUAACAAUUUUAUACAAAGUGUUCUCGUUACGAAUUUUAUAAUUUAUAUAUAACUGCGAAUCGGGUUUCGCGUUCAUCGUCACGACACGUGGGUGCGAUCGAGGAAAUGUGAGGGAGGAUGGGAGGAAGGGGUUGAAUCUUAAUGCACGUGUACACAAACGAUUAGUUGAAAAAAUUGUAUAUGAUUUAUUUACAAAUAAGGUUUCCAUAUAGUUUUGUAAAAUAUUGUUUUAUUGUGUAGUAGAUACAUUAAGAAAGAAAUUUCACGUUCAAACGUGUACUUAUCGUUUCCUAGGAACGUGCGAUUCGAAGAUGAACUCCGUAUUCGGCGAAUUAUUCGAAAAUCAUUUACGUUCGAACGUAGCUACGUAUUUAAAUUAAAAUAAUUCUUAUUCUCAACGUUUUGUAACGAAAUCGCAAUGAUUAUUCAAUGAAUUAUCCGUCCACUCAUACACGUGAGGAUGUAAUUAUUAUUAACACGCAAUUUAUUACUGUGAAUAAAGAUAAUCGUGUUCUUCAGGUA